GUUCCUGUGGCAUUUACAUAGACGUUACGAAUGUAGUUCAAAUAUAUUGCCUCUAGAAUCUGUUCCUAGUAGUCACUCUUCAGGCUUCCUGGCAGAAAAAAAUACUUCCAAACAAAUAAUGAACUAUUAAUCUUUAUACGGAGCUGAUUUUUUUGGAAGACUUCUAGAGGCAAUAUAUAUAUUUGAACUCCAUUCGUAAUAACGGCUAUGUAAAUGCCACAGGAACCAUUACCAUAGAAACCCGAAACCACAGAUAUUUAAGGUGGCAAGCCUGAACCUGAAUUGACAGUAUGAAGACACCAUACAUCUUGUCAACUUCUCUCUCAGUUUCUCGGACAUGAACAGAAAUAAUCGUGCACAGCUUCAUAAGUAUGAACCACCUAACUGGGCUUCAUCCCUGAAAAGCAUUCCAAAAUAUUCCAUCAAGCUUGCACAACGUAACACUCCAAUCCAUUCAUGGAAUCUUCCUGAUGCCCCGAAGGAGUUUUCGAUAUUCAUCAAAAGAGAUGACCUGACUGGAUGUGCUUUGUCUGGAAAUAAGGUUCGUAAAUUGGAGUUUGUCCUGGCUGAUGCCUUAGAUAAGAAGUGUGACACAGUGAUAACGUGUGGUGGUCUCCCUUCCAAUCAUUGUAGGACUACUGCAGUUGCAGCAAAACAACUUGGUUUGAAUUGUUACUUGCUGCUAAGAAGUUCAAACCAGGAGACAGUCAAUGUUGGAUAUAAAGGCAAUCGUCUGUUAAGCAGAAUGGCUGGAAGUAAUAUUAUUCUUGUUCCAGAGUUGAAAUAUAAAUCUGGCCUCAAGCCAAUGAUGGAGAAAAUGGCAGAAAAAUUACGUCAGCAAGGUUCAGCCCCAUACCUGGUUGAGGUUGGAGGAUCUUCAUAUACAGGAUUGUUUGGUUACCUGACAGCAUUUCAAGAAAUGAUGGAUCAAAAUCUGCUGGUGGAUUUUGAUGAUAUUGUAUUGACAGUUGGCAGUGGAGGAACUGCAGCCGGAAUUGCCAUAGCUAAUUAUCUGACAGGUUCAAAACUCAAAUGCCAUGCGGUAAAUGUGUAUGAUGAUGAUGCAUAUGUAUACAGCAAGAUAAAUGAAGAACUUCAAGCUGCUGGGCUCCCUGUACAAGCAGAAGACAUAAUAGAUGUCAUUGGUGGACAUCAUUUGCCAGGAUAUGGAAGACCCACGCAAGAAGAUCUCGAAUACGUUUUAGAGAUUUCCAGUUCUACAGGAGUGUUCAUUGACCCAGUGUACAAUAUAAAGGCAGUCAGAGGAAUGCUGGCUGAAAUGAACAACAAUCCCGAAAGAUUUCAAGGAAAUAGGAUACUCUAUAUUCAUACUGGUGGAUGUUUUGGUUUAUUUGAUGGCAAAAUUGAUUCUGUACUAACAAGUUCACGAUGCACACAAUAUAACAGUGAGAUUCUCUGCUGGCGAGACAUCAAUGAUCCUCUACCGAUCUGAAUGUAAUUAGUUAAAAAAGCCAUUAAGUCAUGAUAAGUAGUUGUCAUUGGAUAUAGUUUGUAACUAUGGUGCAAUGAUCCAGCCGUCUGAAAAAAAAAUUAAUCCCAUCCCAGACGUAGUGACCCCUGUUUGCUGGACAUGUCAGAGAGGCUCAAGCGAUGUGUUAGCCAUGGCUAUUCACAUAAAAACGAAUUUUUAGAAAUACUUUUUUCUUUGUCUUUACGUCUUAACGCCUUUAAUAAGGCAAAGAAUAGAUUCGGAACACCUGAAUUUUAAACCCAAGAUUUUUAAUCCUUUAAGUUUACAACUUUUUGUCCUUAAUUCGGACACAAAAACGCUCACACACACGGAAGACGUGUAUCUUCAAUGAGCUGCUUCAGUAAUGAAUGAUUGCUGCUUAUUUUUGAAGGAAAGUUAGAUCUCUUCUCAUACUUAAGCCUGGUUUUUGGAAUUUUCAAUAAAGUUAGUUACCCUUCGGCAAGGAAAAUUUGUUUCACUAUUUUAGGAAAGCCUACUCCAUGUAUUGCAAAAAUUCCGGACUAUUUUAGUCAGCCAACUUCGCCGAUUCCGGUCCUCUUUUCUCUAACUGGUACGGUUUCAUCAAGCUUUCUUGCUUGAAUUGCCCACCACAGCAUGCGAGGCGUGCGAAGCAUGCGAAACUUAAAGACAAACUAUAGAAACAGCUAUUCUUCAAAUAAAAGGCAAUCUAUGACUGCAUGUGCCUACUGUUGCUUACGUACUUAGAGUACUGCAGUCAAAAAGCAGUGUGGUGUUGAUGCAGAAGAGCCAGAAUGAACAGCUCUUGUCGAUGCUCAUAAUUAAAUUGUGACAAAAGGAGGA